AUGUUGGCAAAAUUUGGGUUUGGCGAAAAAUGUAUCUCUUGGAUUCAAGAGUGUGUCUCCACUGCUAGAAUUUUAAUCCUUGUCAAUGGAUCUCCAACCAAGGAGUUUAACCCCCAAAAAGGGCUCAGGCAAGGUGACUCCUUAUCACUAUUCCUUUUCAAUUUGGUUGUUGAGGCAUUAAAUAUCCUUCUUCAGAGAGCUAUGGAAUUGAGAUUGCUUAAAGGGGUAUCAGUUGGGGCCAAUGAUGAGGUGAAAUUAUCACACCUCCAAUUUGCAGACGAUUCCCUCUUGUUCUGUGAAGUUGAGCUAUUAGAGGUGCUAAAUUUGAAAAGAAUUCUUCGAUGCUUUGAAGUGGCUUCAGGACUUAAAAUUAAUUACCACAAAAGUGUGGUUUGUGGGAUUGGUAUCUCCGGAUCUGCCCUUACUGAGUUUGCUUUCCUCUUGAACUGUAAGACCCAAAAUCUACCAUUAAAGCAUCAAGGCCUACCCUUGGGUGCAAAUCCUAGAAGGAAGAAAACUUGGAAACCAAUAGUUGCAAAGGUAAAACUAAGGCAAGCUGGUUGGAAAAUGAGGCUACUAUCUUAUGUAGGUAGAUUAACCUUGAUGAAAGCUGUGUUAUCAAGUAUACCUGUGUAUUACUUAUCACUAUUCAAGCUAACUAAGGGAAUUGCAAAGGAGUUAGACAAAAUUCAAGCAUCAUUCUUAUGGGGAGGGCCAGAUUUGAAGCGCAAAAUUCAUUUAGUAAAAUGGUCAGAGGUUACCAAGAGUAUAAAGCAAGGUGGUUUGGGGGUUCGAAGAAUCAGAGAUGCGAAUGUGUGUCUACUUCUAAAAAGGUGGUGGAGAUUUGCUUCUGAACUAGUGUCACUUUGGUAUAAGGUUAUUUGCAGUAAAUAUCGGUUCCUUGGUGGGAAAUGGGUUCCAAACCCAAGUUUAAACACCUUAUCCUCAUAUAUCUGGAAUGGCAUAGUGGCAGCAGGUGAACAAAACCAGUCUCUUUCACUAUUCUAUGCUAGCAACCUCCAGUUAAAGGUGGGAAAUGGCUAUCACAUAAGUUUCUGGGUUGAUCCUUGGUGUGGGAAUCUCUGUCUAAAAGAUGAGUUCCCUCGCCUCUUCAGUUUAUCUUUACAAAACGAUGGUCUACUAAAGAAUUUUGUGGAAGUAUUUGGUGCAACUAAGAAUUGGUUAGUCACAUGUAGGAGGCCUCUCUUUGUUUGGGAAAAGAAUGAAUUGCUAAGGCUCUAUGGCAUUGUAGGUUCAGCCCCCUCUCUGCAAUUGGAGACUCAGGAUAGUGCAGUUUGGAGAGCAGCCAAGCUAGGGCAAUCUUUUGUGUCUAACCUAUACAAUUAUACCAACAGUGCUUAUGGAGGAAAUGAGAGUUUCAGUCGUCUGGUGUGGAUCAAGAAUCUUUGGAGCAUGUUCUCAUGCUCUGCCUAUUUGUUUGAAGAGUAUGGUCAGGUCUUCUGCAGUGGGUACCCUUGGAGGAAAGCUGAGCUGCGGAUUUGGCGUGCCAUACCUCUAGUAACACUCUGGUCAAUCUGGAAGCAUAGGAAUGAUUGUUCCUUUCAUCAAAAUAUGCAGCAGCUGCAAGAGCUGAUUCUCACUAUGCUUGCUUUCUGGCUUAAGGCUGCUUCAAAGGAGCUUUACUUUUCGAUUUCAGAUUUCCUUUACAAUAUCUCAGGGGUGAGGCAAGGAUUGUUAUAG